UCAGAUACUACCUAGGCUAAGGUUGUCAUGUUACUAAUAAAAUUUAAGUGUUAAUAUAAGUUUCAGAAAAGGCAGGACCAUAGAAUGGAAGUGUUGGGAAUUACAGUGGGCUUAUUUUUUUCCCUCCUGACAUACGGAAGGGGAUUUUGAGAAUAGCAGUAUUUGAGUCAAAUUUAGAGAGGAGGCCUCUUUUUAAAGUGACUUGUCCAUAUUCCCUGAGUGGAACUGACUGCCUCAGUACCACCUUAGGCCCUGAUACAUUGGUGACAGACCUGGAGAUGAAUAAUAUGCAUCCUCAUUUUUAUUGUGUACUUGUGACUCAGGUGUUCUCAAAGAUUGUAAUUCAUGAAACUCAUGAAGGGGUUGAACAAAAGAGGGAAGUAAGAGAGUUGUUGCUUGGUAGAGAACUUGGUAGAAAUAGGAAUUAAUAGAAAAGUUGAUGUUUCUAUUAAAAUGAAAAACACUUGCUAGAGUUCUAAAUCAAGUUUCUAAUUCUAAAAACUUGGCUGUGUAGUUAUAUACAAGGCCUGAUUAACUAUUGCAGAGGUUAUAGAACAGAGAGAUCGCCAUGGUUUUAUAGGUGGGAUAUUUUUUGUUGUUGACAGAAGUAACUUCGUCUGAUUUCUGAAUUUUUUUUUUUUGUUUAUACACUAAAAUUUUUGAUUAAAAACUGAAAAUUGUAAGAAAUCAAAUGUUACUCAAAAAGUGUUGUUCUGAUCCCAACUCUGCAAUUCUUCUACAUGAAGCCAUUUGCCAAAGCCAAAUACGAUUUACUUAGGACUGUUCCCCCAAACCUUGUUUCUAUAAGCUUUGUCAAAGUUAUUACUCCAGGUUGUAGUGCUUGUUUGUCUACUUUCCUUUGAUCUAAGUCCUGUCUUUCCUUCAAAUUUUGGCUACUUACUGCAUGAAGCUUUUCCCAGUAUCUCCAUUCUUGGUGGUAAUUUUAGUCUAAGAAUUCCUGAAGUACUACCUAAUUGAAACAUACAUUUGAUACUUGGAUCAUGUUAUCUUGUAUUAUAACUUAUUACUCCAUUAAUAUAUCCUCGGCCGGGUGCAGUGGCUCCUGCCUGUAAUCCCAGCAUGUUGGGAGGCCGAGGAGGGGGGGUCAUUUGAGGCCAGGAGUUGGAGAUCAGUCUGGGCAACGUAGUGAGACCCUGUCUCUACAAAAAAAUUUAAAAAAUUUAAAAAAUUAAUAUGUCCUAUUUCUUUAGCAAAAUCAUUGGCUCCUUGUGGAGAGAGAGCUUGUCUUAUAUGCCCCUUUGUAAUUCCAUUGCCUAGCACCGCAGAUGUGGUCACUGAUAGGUUUGAUUCUGUGAUUUGGAUCCAGUGUCAGUGUGACAGGAUACUUUUUCCCCCCAUAAUUUAGGUUAUUUUUAUAUGACUUUAUGCCCACAAAACCCAAAGAUAAAACACAUUAAAUUGAAAAUAAUUUCUUGUAUUAUAAGGUGAUUUGGUUCCUAUUUGCAGUUCUUUCUUCUUCUUUUUAUAAAGUAGGCGCUGUUUUACCUAGUUUCUUACGAAAAACAUGGUUUGGGCCAGAUAUCUUGACAGAAACCAAAUUACCAGCAUUUUUCUUUUAAAAAUCAUUGUUGAUUUAGCUGAAUUGUACUUCCAUGGAAUAAGCCCAAAUAAAUUUGUUAAGUACUGCAUGGUUAUGCAGCCAGAUUGUUUUAAAAUGUCAACCUUUAUUAAAGUCCCUGAGCAGAACUUUAAAAAUAUCAUUAAACAGUCAGUUGCUAUUCCUUCUCAGAGUAUUUCUGUAUCUCAAAUUAUUAAGCGUUUUAUUAUAUCAUUGUUUUAAAGAUUUCUAUAAUGGCUGCUGUUUGAUAGCUGUAUUUGUUGUGUUUGCUACAGUUAUCAAAUAUUUAUGGAGCACCCAUUCAUUUGCGGUGAGGAGUUACUUUAAAAUGCUUUUUGGCAUUUAUAGAAACAGAUUCUGAUUUUAAAAGCUCACCAGGGAAAAUAUGUACAAUUAUUAUGUAUCCAUAAAAAUUUAAAAAAACACGAAAAAACUCACUAGGGAUACUUGCUGGUUUGCUGUAUUCCUAUUAGGAAUUGUUCAUGUUUUAACUGAUAGCUGUGUCUUCAGGGCACAAUUAAUUUAAUAUUUGAAUGUAAGUUGUUAAGCAGAAAUCAGUUUCUCUAGUUGAUGAAAUGUUUGAUUAGUAAAACUUCAUGAAUACUGAUUUUAUUCUAAGGCCUGAGCCAUUAGUUUAACAGAGCACUGAAAUGAUUCUGCUGUUGCAUUACCAAAACAUUUAGAUACUUUUAGCAGGAAAACUAAUAGAUACAUAAGGGUUUUUUUGUUUUGUUUUGUUUUUUGUUUCAACUUUAAAAUUUUAUCAUUUUAAAAUUCCUUAAUAUAAUUAGGGUACAGAUUUAAAAUGAAAUUUUUUCUUAAAUGGUAGGAAGCAAAACGCCUGUAAUUAAAUAGCAUUGACAUUCUGAUAUGAGCUUAUAGUACCUUUCUAACAUGAGCUUGAGGUCCUCACCAAAGUCUUGAUGAAACAUACUUUUUAAAGACAUAAUUUUUUAAAACCCCACUUGGUUCAAAGACAUUGUCCAGAGCUCCAGCUUUGGACUUUUACCUGUAGUCAGUCAUACAGUUAUCUGGGGUUGUGCUUGUUAAGUCAGUAUUUUAAAAAUGAAACACCCUGAUUUUGUUCACUUUUGUUUUUAUAUAAAAGAAUCUUUACAGUCAACAUGUACUUCUAGAUGCUGUAUUGAAAUUGCUGGCAGAGUUUAUUCUAUACAAAAUGAACAAUCUGGCCCCUUGUUUUAUUUGUAAAGGUUCAAUGUAUCUAUGCCUGCCUACCUCAAUCUGCAAGGGAGUGUCAGAAAGGCCCCGCAUUCGCCAAGCCGAGAUACUACUCGUCAACGAAUCAAAUUCAGUGAUGACAGAGUAUGCAAGAGUCACCUUCUCAACUGUUGUCCUCAUGAUGUCCUUUCUGGAACUAGAAUGGAUCUUGGAGAAUGUCUGAAAGUCCAUGACCUGGCUUUAAGAGCAGAUUAUGAAAUUGCAUCCAAAGAACAAGAUUUUUUCUUUGAACUUGACGCCAUGGAUCAUCUGCAGUCAUUCAUUGCAGAUUGUGAUCGUAGAACAGAAGUGGCCAAGAAAAGAUUAGCAGAAACUCAAGAAGAGAUUAGUGCUGAAGUAGCAGCAAAGGCAGAACGUGUUCAUGAGUUAAAUGAAGAAAUUGGUAAAUUGUUAGCCAAGGUGGAACAACUAGGAGCUGAAGGGAAUGUGGAAGAAUCCCAGAAAGUAAUGGAUGAAGUAGAGAAAGCACGGGCAAAGAAAAGAGAAGCAGAGGAAGUUUAUCGGAAUUCUAUGCCAGCUUCCAGUUUUCAACAGCAGAAACUUCGAGUCUGUGAAGUCUGCUCUGCCUAUUUAGGACUUCAUGAUAAUGACAGACGACUGGCUGAUCAUUUUGGGGGUAAACUACACCUGGGAUUUAUUGAAAUAAGAGAGAAGCUUGAAGAAUUAAAGAGAGUCGUAGCUGAGAAGCAGGAGAAAAGAAACCAGGAACGGCUGAAACGAAGAGAAGAAAGAGAGAGAGAAGAAAGGGAGAAGCUGAGGAGGUCCCGAUCACACAGCAAGAACCCGAAAAGAUCCAGGUCCAGAGAGCAUCGCAGACAUCGAUCUCGCUCCAUGUCACGUGAACGCAAGAGGAGAACUCGAUCCAAAUCUCGGGAGAAACGCCAUCGCCACAGGUCCCGCUCCAGCAGCCGUAGCCGCAGCCGUAGCCACCAGAGAAGUCGGCACAGUUCUAGAGAUAGGAGCAGAGAACGAUCCAAGAGGAGAUCCUCAAAAGAAAGAUUCAGAGACCAAGACUUAGCAUCAUGUGACAGAGACAGGAGUUCAAGAGACAGAUCACCUCGUGACAGAGAUCGGAAAGAUAAGAAGCGGUCCUAUGAGAGUGCUAAUGGCAGAUCAGAAGACAGGAGGAGCUCUGAAGAGCGCGAAGCAGGGGAGAUCUAACUAGCUGUGUAUAUUUCUUCAAUCCUUAAGCUUCCUAUGGAGUUACGUACUAUUGUUUAGUUCACAGCUGUUCAGGGCGACAGUGAGCAGAUCCAGACACCAGAUCCAGCUAGGCUAGAUGUACAGUAUCUAACUUUAUCUGAACUGAACCUGUUUUCCUUGAUGAUGCCUAAAACUACAUCCAUAGUUUCUGGUGAACCUGUAAUACAGUUCUGAAAGUACAGUUUUAUAUAAUAAGAUGCUGAUCUCUUUAUUCUUUCAAGUAAGAGUGAUAGUGAACAAAUUGUGUUACUUGCCUUGGGAUUUUUUGAACGUUUGUAAAAUGCUGUCUUCCUAGUCCAAACAGCUGCAGCUUUGGGCAUUUUUCUUUUUAAUUCUUCUUCCUCUGACUUUGUAUCCCUUAAUACCUACACUCUCCAAUUGUAAGAGAAAGGGGGCAGGGAAGCAAUAUAGCUUCCAUUCUAAGGCUGUAUUCCUGUCAUGAAUUACCAGCUGAUUACAGUUCAGAGAAUUGAUCCUGGAAUGUAUGCCGGAGAAAUUUAAAAUACUGGGGUUUGUUUAAUGGUGCCUAUUUAGAGUUGGAAGUUGAACAGCUGUUGCAUUACAUACUUUUGCUUUUUUAUUGAAAUUUUGAAAUCAAACUUGUCUUGAUUUUUCUGUUCUGUUGAAUUGCUAUGUUCAGGAUGUUCUUGGGGGGUGGGGGCAGGGACUCUUUUCGUAAUAAGCACUUGUUUUAUUUUGUGUGUGUGGAGUAUAAAGGCUACACCCUUAUUGUAAAAAAUAAUAAUAAAAUGAAAGAAACAAUCACCACCACCAUUAUUAAACUGUAACUUGUCUAGUAAAUUGUCACUAGAACUAUUUGCUGUGGGCAUUUCCUCUAUUCUGUUACGUCAUUAACAGUGCCUUACUGUGCAAGGCACCAAAGGACAUAAAUAUGUACUUGCAAAGAUUCCAGAUGAGCUGUUCACGUGGGCCCCUUGCUGACUAUAUUCCAGCCACUUCAGGGUUGUUUGUAAUGACCAUUAGAGAGAAGGACUGGACCUGCAGAAGAAACCGGGGUGUUUUUAUUCUCAUUCAACAAACCCAAAUAAAAACAGUAUAUGUAACCAACAUAAUGAGACUAAGUUUCUGCAUUGAAGAGGUGUAUAUCCACUAGUAACUUAAACUGUAAUUGGCAGGUAUCACUUGUGAUUCUAGAAAUUCUGAGGAAGAAAAAUUCCUUAAGUAAUGAAAUUAAUAUCUGUGGGUAAGGUCACCUUUCAAGAACUGUUAAUGUCCUUCGUCCCCAAGUUUGACAGAUUUGAUGUCACAGGCAUGUGGGCCUGUGUGAAGGUGGUGAGAGAAUGGGAAACUAAGGCCAUUCUAAGUGAUACCAGAUUACCUUAAAAAAAAAAAAAAAA